AAUCUGACACGUGUCAAUCCGCACCCCACGUGGCAUUACCAGAAUUUGCAGUGUGCCACCUAUAUGUAACUGAUAAGGGUUCUUCCUUCUCUUAUAUAUCCUCUACUUCUCUUUCACUGAAAGUAAAUCUAAUUCUCUCGGUCCACAUUAUCCUUAGCACAAGCAUAAGAUCCUCAACCAAAUUUAGCACAACUGGUCUCAUCAUCUUCAUCAUCAUGGGUUCAGAAACGUUUCUAGAAGUGAUAUUGGCAAUUAUCCUGCCACCUGUUGGGGUCUUCCUCCGCUAUGGCUGUGGAGUGGAGUUCUGGAUUUGUUUGUUGCUGACACUGUUGGGAUAUAUUCCGGGAAUUAUAUAUGCGUUAUAUGUACUGGUCGGAUGAUCAAGGUUUUCUGGAGGUGAAAGAAUAAUAAUAUGGCAAACGACAUGUGUGGUGUGGAUUAGUUUGGUUAAUGUCACUUUGACUUUGUAAUUCAGGAUCAUAAUAUAGUUUUCUUAUAAAUUUUCCUUGUGUGCUC